GCAUCAAACCGGAAGUAGUGUUUGUCAGCGUGAAGCAUGGUUGAAUGGAGGUGACCUUAGGUUCAGUGAAACUCUAAAAUACAGGUAUUUGGAUAUCGUCGUGCUGUUUUGUCUUGAUGUAAGUUUUGAGUAGUUUUAAAUCGCAAGAAGAAAGCAGAUGGCGGAGGCGCACCAGAGCCACAUGCAGGCUGUAGUGGAAGAAAUGGUUCAAAGUCUAGAGAGGGAUCACAUCCGGAAAAUGCAGGGCCGCAUGUUCAAGUGCAGCGCAGAGUGCUGCGAUCGCUCCACAGACUCCAUGUCACAGGUGCACCAGUGCAUUGACCGGUGCCACACUCCCUUGGCCAAGGCUCAGGGACUCGUCUCCUCGGAGCUGGAGCAGUUUCAGGAUCGCCUGACCAGGUGCACAAUGCACUGCAACGAUAAGGCCAAAGACCUUUUUAACUCUGGUGCCAAGGAGCCAGCCGUGCGAGCUCUGAUGGACCACUGCGUGGGCAGCUGCGUGGAUGACCACAUUAACCUGAUCCCUAGCAUGACCCGAAGACUCAAAGAGAACUUGGACUCUAUAGAACAGUGAGGAGGAAGGUGUCAUCCAUCCCGCUGUGGUGCACAAAGGCUCCUCGUGCAGGAAACAUUUUACCUGUAACACCUGAAUAAUAAAGGGCUUGUCACCGUUAAGAUAGCUUGAAGUGUAAAAUGAAUCCUGUGAUUCUAAAUUUGAGGGUAAAAGAUAGUUCAUAGUGUAUGAAUAGAUAUUUUGUUUUGAGCUGACAU